CACACAUAGCUCCGGCACUCUCCGGGGAAUUUACACGUGCACUUGCAACGCUUUCAAAUUUGCGACCAGGCUUUGCCAUGGACGAGUUACGAAAUCCGAUUCUCAGCGGCAUACAGCUUGAACUAGAGGAAUCCGAGGAGGAUGGGGACGAGGACAUCGAGGACGCAGUGGAAGGCGAAGGAGCACUGCACGGGCCUGAUGCCGGACUGCUGUACUUCUUCACCAGAUUGUACAACGUUCUCAGUGGGUAUAUCUCCAUGACCACCUACGUGGAGCGCCGGCGGAGGGUAUACUUUGCGGGAUUCAGCAAUGUGCAACUGCUGACUCCGUUUCUGGGCGAUCGACAGGGGAAGCGGUACCGCUGGAUCCACCUGUCUGUCAUCUUCCACGCCUUCAGAUCCACGAGACGGUUCUGAGGCAGAUACCCCACCGUGUCACAGCCAAAUUGAAAUUCCAUUUGGCAUUUGUUCGGAGUUGUUGGUCCAUCUAGUUUCAUUUUGCGCCCUGGCUUUCGCAUCUGCAGCCCCAAAGUCCACAUCUCUGCCCUUUUCGGAUCCCCCGUGCCAGUGUGUGUGUGACAUUUUGGCAGCAGUUCAACGGAAAAACGUUUGGCAGCACGGCCAGAAAAUGAUAAGCCUGGCCAGCGAGAAAAAAAGAGCGGGGGGAAACAACCGAGCAAUCGGUUCACUGAGUAAAAUAAAAAUUGGAAAAA